AUGACGUAAGCACGUAGCGUGCGAGUGACGUGGUCCCCGGGCAGGCGGGCGGGGCCGGUUUGAACGCGCAGGGGACGGGGCGAGAGCGGGGCAGAAAAUGGCAGUUAAUGUGUACUCGACUUCAGUGACCAUCGAGAACCUGAGUCGACAUGACAUGCUGGCCUGGAUCAAUGAGUCCCUGCAGCUGACGCUGACCAAGAUCGAACAGCUCUGCUCAGGUGCUGCCUACUGCCAGUUCAUGGACAUGCUCUUCCCAGGCUCUGUAGCGCUCAAGAAAGUGAAGUUUCAAGCAAAACUGGAACAUGAGUAUAUCCAAAACUUCAAGGUUCUACAAGCAGGUUUCAAACGAAUGGGUGUUGACAAAAUAAUUCCUGUGGACAAACUGGUGAAAGGAAAAUUUCAGGACAACUUUGAAUUUGUUCAGUGGUUCAAGAAGUUUUUUGAUGCAAACUAUGAUGGGAAGGAGUAUGAUCCCGUUGCGGCUCGACAAGGCCAAGAGACAGUAGCACCAAACUUUGUUGCUCCAGUUGUGAACAAACCCAAGAAAUCUCUUGGCUCCGGCUGUGCAGCCCCACAGAGGCCCAUCGUUGCACAGAGAACUGCAGCAGCUCCCAAAGCUGGGACUGGGAUGGUCAAAAAGGCUGCGGGAGACAGUGAGUCGGCAGGAUUGAUUGAGCAGAUCAAUGUAUUGAAACUCACUGUUGAAGAUCUGGAGAAGGAGAGAGACUUCUACUUUGGGAAAUUGAGGAACAUUGAGUUGAUCUGCCAGGAGAAUGAAGGGGAGAAUGAUCCAGUGUUGCAGAGGAUUGUGGAAAUUCUUUAUGCCACAGAUGAAGGCUUUGUGAUACCUGACGAAGGAGCACCGCAGGAGGAGCAAGAAGAGUAUUAACAGACCACAUACUGUACCAGCAGAGCAGCAACAUCAGAAUUCUUUGCCCCAGAUCAUGUGCUUAACUGUAAAAUACUCCACUUUAUUCUUAGAGGACUCACUGGUUUCUUUUCAUAAGCAAAAAGUACCUCUUCUUAAAGUGCACUUUGCAGAAGUCUCACUUUUUACAGCGGGUUUGAGUUAGGAGCUCUUUCUCACUUGGUAGCAGAGCAGUAUUCACAUUGAGAUCGUGUAUUUAGGGAGCAAGAGGCUGAACAUUUGGAACUUGUUGCAGAAAGGUUUGCUGGUAAAACGCUGGUUUGUGGGAAGACUCUUUGUAUCUAAGGUGGUGUGUAGUAGAGAAAUUAAAGACUGACUCAUGGAAAGAUUGAGUUAAUGUGAAAAUGCAGCACAGAAAUUAUUAUAAAAUGCCUUAAGAGUAUUUAAAAUAUGCCUCCAUAUGCCAAAUUGAAGUAAUGUGACAGGAGAUUUUAUGUGCUUCAUACUGGGGUAGACGUUUAACUCCACUCACUGCUGGCUGAGAGGCCUUGCGUGGCAAUCCUGCCUUGUCAGCAAGUGCUCAAAAGGGGCUAUGAAAACAAAACUCCAUUCCUAUGGAAAGCUGCUUACUAAGUGAUUAGUUCUCGAUGGAAUAGUCCUCAACGUUGCCUGUCACAAGAUUAGAGGGAGUAUGAACAGCUGAGACACAUAAAUUACCUUGAAGAGUGCUAAAGCCUUUUUCUGUGGCAUUGUGGCUAAUGACCUUGCUAAAAUGUACUGUGUUUUCUGUAAGAAAUAACAAAACAGCAAAACAAGCAGAGGGCAUCCAGUCCUCCUGCCUGAAAUGUUCUUCAGAAGUAACUUUUUCCUUCCUGGCUCUUGUUUCGAUUUGUCCUGUUGCUUUCCAUUUUUGUUGAUAACUUUUUGAUCUCUCACUUGUUCUUUUGCCUUACCCAUCCCAAGGAAUGCCGAGCAAAUCCAGCAGUUGUAACAGGGCUUGUGCUGUGCCAUUAGUUUAGAAUGAAAGUGAGUUGAGCACAUGAGGAUGAUGACUUCUCUGUCCUUUUCUUCCCCCCUUUCAAGCCAGGGCAUAUCUGAUACUACUUGCCAGUUCCGUAGUCUUCUGGGGUAAAAACUAAGAGGUGCUGGCUAACAGAGCUAAUGUUAUUGCAGAAAAUACAGUACUGAGACUAACUUAAAUAUUAAUAUUUAAAGUCCUUUCCUUACCUGUCCUUUUUUGCUGCCAUGCCCCUCAUUACUGUUGUGUUUGGCAAGAUCCUGCAAGACUUCUGAUCCCCCUUCACUACUGAGAUUGAUCAGUCCUGUUGUGCUUGUACUCAUUUGUUUCUGGUGGUAGCUUGUCCUAAAAUGUGUGUAGGAGAGCAUCUUAUGGUAAUUGUUGUGUAGUGCAUGAAUCUUCGUGAAAUUCAGAGAAAAACCCAAAAUCAGUGAAUGCCAAAAAUGCAAGUUACUAGCCAUUGUUUAAAACUGCAGUGGUGCUAUUUCUCUGUGGCCUUUGAGACUUUGGUUGCCCUAAACCUCCGUUUUACUGAGAAACCGUAUUUGACUUGGAUUUUUCUUGACAGGGUUUUUCUACUUUAAGCAGUUUCUAAAUAAAGUUCUGUAUUUCAAGAGUGUCACGUCUGCUGGAGUCUCUGGUGCUUUCAGAUCCCAUUAGGCCAAGCUGAAGUUCGUGAGUUUUCAGGAGGAAGCUUGCAGGCCCUGGAGUAUCAGCUUUCAUUCUGCAGUCCCAGUUAGAGCUGUUGCUCGCUGGAGUAGCCGUGAUGUUGAAACCUUUGGAGUCUGCUGGGGGAAACCAUUGCUUGAAUUCUUGGGUUUUUUGCCUUAUUCCUCCUGCGGUGGAUGAAACGUGAGUGUAUUGUUGGCCUCCUUCUCCUAAAGUGACUUUAUGUCUGUUUAAAGUGUUUUAAAACUGCUACAACACUGGUUGUUACUUACAAACAAGCUGUGAGUUGGGUCUGUCGCCAGUCUCUGAGCAGGUAAACUGCUGACUUAGUUGGUGUUUCCUUUGGAGUGUGGUUGGUAGAGCCCAAAUGUAACUGCCCCAGAUGGGUGGGCAGAGCAGCAGUUCUUAUAUGAUGCGUUUAACCUGGAGUUGCAAGUGUUCCCAGCAGGCUUCUUCCUGCCCCUGCUUGGUGGACACUGUGUUCUGCAGAAUAGGCACUGCUGGCAUUGCCCACUGCUGCUGUGAAACUGGUAUUGGACUCCAGGAGCGCAGAUGUAGGAAGUGGCUUUUGAUGCACAUAAAAUCUUCAUUACCAUUACUUACUUGCUUUGAGGUUGGAAGCAUGUUUUUGCAACUAAAUACUUCAUCAUUCCAGCUGCUCAGAGCAAAAGAUGGCAAAUAGUAUGUGACUGGAUUUGAAGGUGACUUCUUGGGUGUCUGCUUCUGUAGUCCAGUUGUGUGCUGGGACCUGGUUGCUUCAAGUCUCUCUAAGAAGCCUGCAUGUGUGGAACUGCAGAGCACCCAGGUCGUCAGAUGGGCGCAUUAGGUGGGUUCUGAGCUCUGCUAGCAGAGCAAGCAGAUACCCUUUUAUGCUAAAAUCAUGUUGAGUAAGAAAUAAUGCUGUCAGAAUAGCCCUGUGAGACUAUUGAAUGUGUGGAGCUAUUGGAUGUGGGUUGUGGAAUGAAAUUGAAACUCAGAUUGUAAGUCAAAGGCUGCUAAGAUUUCCAGUUGCUUAACAUCAUGUCUCUGCUACCAAGAUGAGUUAUAAAUAGAAAGGGGACAAACUUUAUGUAGUCGCCUUAUGACUAUAUUAUAGAUACUUUGGCAUAAUCUUUUUUUAAUGUCCUUUUUGGGAAGAAAAUAACAACAAACCCAACUCAAACCCAUAGAUGUAACAUAGCUACUCUGUGACACUGGUACAGUAUCUGCUGUUAAAUGCUCACCUGCAGGACCAAUUCCAAUAGCAUCCAGCCUUUCUUAGUAUCUUAGUUCUAUCAGAGAUCUGCAAAGCGAUGAGAGUGGAAGCAGCAAAGCUCUGUCUCCUCUGUACCAACAUGUCUUACUUGCAGCUGGACUCCUGGAUGGUUUUUUACCUUUUUAUUGUCCAUUUUCUAAAAGCUCCUUGUUUGCAAUGACAAUUCUUACUGUAACUGUUCAAAGCCUUCAAAUAAAGGCCAAAAACUUCCUUGCUGUUGUA